UUCUCCAGAGCCAGAGGACAAAGCAACACCACCAAGUCUGUCAUUCCAGGACUCCCAAGCAUAAGGUCCAUGAUGCCAUUUAACCUCAUCACUGAACUGCCCCAGAACCAUUCUGAGCAGACCUCUGGACCCACUACCUCAUAUAACAGAACAACAGAUGCUUUUGAUGAGUUUGUGAGAUGCCUUACUCUAUUCACGUGCCUUUGUGGGGCACUGGGGAAUGGAAUUGUUCUCUGGCUUCUCACUUUCCAUAUUAAAAGGACCCCCUUUUCAUUCUAUGUUCUCAGUUUAGCUGCAAGUGAUUUCACCUACCUCUUCUUGGAAGUAAUUUGGGUAAUCAAUUAUCUGAUAUACCGUCCAAUGUUUCAAAACAUUGUCAAUUUAUUAACAAAUAUGGGUCUCCAUGUAACUUUUACAGUGGGUCUGGGCCUAUUGGCAUCCAUCAGCACUCAGCGUUGUCUGUCCAUUCUCUUUCCAAUAUGGUACCGAAAUCACCACCCAAAAAGGGGGCCAAUGGUUGUUUGUGGCUUGCUCUGGAUUCUGUCCCUUUUACUCAAUCUACCAAAGGUUUACUACUGUGUUGUAAAGGUAGAAAUCCUGCCUCCUUCUGGUUGUGACACAAUGAGUAAAUUAUCAGGAGCACUGAUGCUUUCCAUGCUUAUUUUAAUGACCCUGUCCAGUUUGAUUCUUUUCAUCAGAAUCUUGUGGAGUGCCCGGAAAUAUAAACCCAAAAAACUGGUCAUCCUCAUCCUACUGACGGUCUUUGUGUUCCUCCUCUGUGCUGUCCCUCAUGGCAUCAAUCACUCUGUUUUUAAUUGGAGUGCAAUGUACAACCACACCUUUCAUGAGAUCUCCUACUUCUUGUCUUGUGUGAACAGCAGUGCCAACCCCUUCAUUUACUUCUUCAUUGGGAGCCUCAGACAUCAGAGACUGAAGGAGCCCCUCAGGGUUGUUCUCCAGAGAGCCCUUAGAGAUGACAGUGACCCCUCUGAGGACAGAGGGACUUCUACCAGGACAGAUACUACAUUGGAUACACCAGCAUGAGUCUGGACAAUUUGCUGGAGAGACUCUUGAGAGCAGCAGCCCUAUCUCUGAGGGUUCUUUUCUUCAAUCAAACCUUAGCCUUAGC